AUAAUUUUCCUUUGUCUAUAGAAGAAGGCGUCUUCCCCAACAACAUGGCCAUGGCUGCUCCUUCAAUCUCAAACAUGUUCUUUCCCUUCCCAAAAACGCGCCAACUUACCUUCUCAUUACCCUACUCCAAAUUGAAUACACCUCUCACACGAACCCAAAACUCAAUCAAACUAGGCACACGUGAGAACUCCUCAACCUCCACCGUGAGAGAGCAAGAACACGAGGAAGCAACAACGCAUACCCACAACUACAAACCAAAGCUAGAGGAACACCUGAAGCGCCUCCCUGAAGCCUGGCGCCAAAUCCAAGGAGAGGACAACUGGGCCGGGCUUCUGGAGCCCAUGGACCCGCUCAUGCGGAUGGAAAUGAUCCGCUACGGCGAGAUGGCCCAGGCCUGUUACGACGCCUUCGACUUCGACCCCUUUUCCAAGUACUGCGGCAGCUGCAGGUUCACGGCCCACAACUUCUUCUCCUCCCUCGAAAUGCCCCGCGUCGGCUACACCGUCACGCGCUACCUCUACGCAACGGCUAACAUCAACCUCCCCAACUUCUUCAAGCACUCGCGCUGGUCUAAGAUGUGGAGCAAGCACGCCAAUUGGGCGGGGUACGUCGCCGUUUCUGACAACGCCAUGACCACCCGUCUAGGCCGACGAGACAUCGUGAUCGCGUGGCGCGGCACCGUCACGUGCCUGGAGUGGGUGGCGGACCUCAUGGAUUUCCUCAAACCGAUCUCCUCAAACGGGAUCCCGUGUCCCGAUGAGACGGUGAAGGUGGAGUCAGGGUUUCUAGAUCUUUACACGGAUAAAGAAGAGAGUUGCGGUUACUGCAAGUUCUCCGCGCGGGAACAGGUUUUGACGGAGGUGAAGAGAUUGCUGGAGAUUUAUAGCGACGAGGAAGUGAGCAUUACAAUAACAGGACAUAGUUUGGGGAGUGCGUUGGCGAUUUUGAGCGCGUAUGAUAUUGUGGAGACGGGAGUGAAUGUUAUGAGGGAUAGUAGAGGUGUGGCGGUUACAGUGAUGUCGUUUUCGGGGCCGCGGGUGGGGAACGUGAGGUUUAAGGAGAGGUUGGAGAGACUGGGGGUGAAGGUGUUGAGGGUGGUGAACGUGCAUGACGUGGUGCCCAAGGCUCCCGGAGUUUUGUUUAACGAGCACUUACCCGCGGCGGUGAUGAAGGUGGCUGAGGGGCUGCCGUGGAGCUACUCGCACGUCGGGGUGGAGCUGGCGCUGGACCACCGGAAAUCGCCGUUUCUGAAUCCCAAUGCUGAUGCAGUCUGUGCCCAUAACUUGGAAGCUCUUCUGCAUCUUCUGGACGGAUACCAUGGAAAGGGUGAAAGAUUCGUGCUGGCGAGUGGUAGAGAUCCUGCUCUAGUGAAUAAAGGAUGUGAUUUCUUGAAAGACCAUCACAUGAUUCCACCAAAUUGGAGACAAGCUGCGAACAAGGGCAUGAUCAGGACCAAUGAUGGACGUUGGAUUCAGCCUGAACGACCAAACCUUGAUGUUCACCCUCAAGAUAUGCAUCAUCAUCUCACCCAACUCGGUCUCACUUCAUCUGAUGCAUGAAUCUGUAUUAAUGCAUGCAUGCAACAACAUGA